AUGGGGCAGAGGGACCCGGGAACUGGACAGCAAGCCCAAGAGGCCGAGCCCCCGGGAGAAAUGGGCGGAGACGGAGACGCACCUGGGGAAGAUACCCCCCUGCUGCUGCUCCUGCUGCUGAGCUUGGAAGCCCGUGGGACCCUGAACUGCUCCUUUGAGCACAAUCCCAUCACCUCCAACUUUGCCUUCAAGAUCCGCAAUCUGUCUGACCACAUGCUUCAAGAUUACCCGGUCACCGUGGCAUCCAACCUGCAGGAGGAGGAGUUCUGUGGACCCCUCUGGCGGCUGUUCCUGGCCCAGCGCUGGAUGGAACGGCUCAAGACCGUGGCCGGGUCCAAGAUACAAGGGCUUCUGGAGCAGGUCAACACAGAGAUACACUUUGUCACCUUGUGUGACUUUCAGCCCCUCCCCAGCUGUCUUCGCUUCGUCCAGACCAACAUCUCCCACCUCCUGCAGGACACCUCCGAGCAGCUGAGGGCGCUAAAGCCUCGGAUCACCGGACAGAAUUUCUCUCAGUGCCUGGAGCUGGAGUGUCAGCCCGACCCCUCCACCCUGCCGCCCCCAAGGUCCGAGGCCCUGGAGGCCACAGUCCCGCCAACCCCUCAGCCCUUUCUGCUGCUGCUCCUACUGCUGCUGCCCAUGGUCCUCCUGCUGCCAGCCGUGGCCUGGUGCCAGCACCAGCGAAGGACAAGGUGGAGGACGCCCUGCCCUGGGGAGCAGGUGCCCCCUGCCUCCAUUCCCCAGGAUGUGCUGCUUGUGGACCACUGA